AUGGCUGACGCAAGAAAUAAAAGAAAGGCUACUAAAGCUGCUCUUACACGGUUUGAAAACUAUUUUCAAGCUAUUAAGUCAAACAAAAAUCUUUCUCAAACUGAUUUGGUGGAACUCAAAAUGCGUGCGCAAAAGGCUGAUCAAUUGUUGGAAGAUUUUAACGCUGCUCAGUUGAAGAUUGCCGCUACGGAGACUGAUAUUGAUUUUGAUGAACAUGACAGUGAGUCUGAACAAUUUGAAAAUAAAUUCUACCGCAUAACAUCUGAAGUGAGCAAAUUUUUAAUUGACCAGAUGCAGCCGCAGGUUUUAACUCCAAACGUGGAAACUAAUUUAGCAUCCAAUUCUAAUGAUGAUUUAGCCAACAUUAGACUGCCUCCAAUAAACCUUCCAACGUUUGACGGUUCAUAUGACCAAUGGUUGUUUUUUAGAGACACUUUCAAUUCUUUAAUACAUAGCAAUUUCAAACUGACACCAGCCAAAAAAUUUCAUUACUUGCGCCUCUCUCUAAAGGGUGUGGCAGCUGAAACUAUCUCAUCACUUGAAAUCUCUGACGCCAAUUAUGAUGUAGCCUGGAACAUCUUAAAUGAGAGAUUCGAAAACAAACAGAUUUUAGUCAGCAACCAUGUAACGGCUAUUUUUAAUUUGCCAUCUUUAUCACGUGAAUCUGGACGUGGCCUUAGAGUCAUACUUGACGGCUUACAGAAGCACAUGGGCGCCUUGACGGUUUUAAAGAUGCCCACAGAACAUUGGGAUGCCUUAAUCUGUCAUAUUGUGACAGGUAAAUUUGACAAUGUGACUAGAAGAGCUUGGGAUUCCAAAACCUUUAUUGAAGAACUCCCUACUUACAAGGAACUUAUAGAUUUUUUAAAAGACAGAUGCCGAAUUUUAGAGUCUUUCGAAAACAGCUCUUUAAGAAACGCUUCAAACAAAAUCGAAAGGCCUCGCCAAUCACACCCCAACUUUCACAAAAAUACUUCUCAAUCCUUUGUCGCCACUAACAGUAAUAAAAAAUGCACGUUUUGUCAAAAAGAACAUCUCAUCUACACAUGUCCUCAGUUUUUACAAAUUUCUGCUAUUGAAAAAUUAAAUAAUGCUAAACAAAUGAAGUUAUGUAUUAAUUGCCUUUCUAUAGGCCACGCAACUAAAAACUGUAGGUCGUCUGGAUGUAGAAAAUGUGGAAAAUUCCACCAUACCCUUCUACAUUUCAACAGAACCGAUUCUGGGACUGUACAAACCAAUAAUAAUAACACAUCUACCUCUUCUUAUUCCAACAGCAUUGAGACUGACUUGAAAGACGUAGCCACAACCUCUUUGUCUACACAUGUGAUGCACACUCCUCUUAUAUACUCACCUUGUAGUUUAGUGCUAACUAAAUUUUGGGAGGUAGAGGAAUUUCCUAAAACUAAAUACUUAUCACCAGAGGAAACCUUUUGCGAGGAACAUUUCUCUCAGCACACUUCUAGAGCCCCUGAUGGUAAAUUUGUAGUACAUCUUCCACUUAAGGACUCCAUUGAUCGUCUUGGGGACUCGAAGUUGACAGCUACAAGUCGUUUUUUAAAUCUUGAAGGGAAACUGAAUAAAAGCCCUGAUUUAAAACGUACUUAUCAAGAUUUUAUAACAGAAUAUGAAAAACUCGGUCACAUGACCCUAUCUAAGAAUCAAAAUGAUACUUCUGGAUAUUUUUUACCGCACCACUGUGUGCUUAAAUUAAGCUCCACUACAACUAAACUACGGGUCGUUUUCGAUGCUUCCUGUAAAUCUGACUCAGGUUUUUCUUUACACGAUUUACUUAUGGUCGGACCUAAUGUCCAAAACAGUCUUUUUUCAAUUCUCUUACGGUAUCGUAUACAUCCUGUAGUUCUCAGUGGUGACAUUGAAAAAAUGUAUCGACAGGUCUAUGUAGCCCCUGAAUAUCGUAAACUUCAGAGAAUUCUUUGGCGUGCUAAUAUUAAUGAGCCGAUUUUAACUUACGAUUUGUCCACCGUUACAUACGGUACAGCCUCUGCUGCAUUUCUGGCUACUAGAUCUUUGCAGGAAGUAGGUAAAAUACAUGCUAAAGACUGUCCAAAGAUUUCUAACAUAAUACAACGUGAUUUUUACGUUGAUGACCUUUUAACCGGCGCGCAAACAGUCGAUGAACUUAGACAAAUUAAAGAAGACAUCCAUGAUCUUCUUAUGAAGUAUGGAUUUCCACUUGGAAAAUGGGCUUCAAAUGAGCCAACCUUAACUUCUGAUUCCUCAAUACAUUCGAUUUCUUUUGAUACAGAUAUUCCUUCUAAAACCUUGGGCCUUUUAUGGAAUCACAUUUCUGACACGCUAGAAUAUAAAAUAGGUCCUAUUGAAUCUAGUACUCGCGUAACAAAACGUACAAUUUUAUCAUCAAUUUCCCAGAUUUUUGACCCUCUUGGUCUACUUUCUCCUGUCACAAUCCCGGCAAAAAUCAUCUUGCAACAGCUGUGGAAGCUUAAAAUAUCAUGGGAUAAAUCGAUUCCAAUGGAUCUUUUCACAAUCUGGUCAUCUUACAGGACACAACUUGUGGAAUUGAAUAAUCUUAAAAUACCAAGACUAACUCUUUGCGGUAAUCCUAUUGAGCUGCAAUUACAUGGCUUCUCUGAUGCUGCGGAGCCAGGUUAUGGUGCCUGCGUGUACCUUUGUUCAAAGGAUUCGUUAGGCAUUUUUUCGUCUAAACUACUCUGUGCAAAAACUAGAGUCUCUCCACUUAAAGAAUUGACUAUUCCUAGGCUCGAGCUUUGUGCAGCAUUACUCUUAGCAGAACUAGCUAAAACUGUGUUAGCUUCAAUACCCUCUACUUUGGACUCUAAGCACUACUGGUGUGACUCUACAAUAGUACUUGCCUGGAUUAGAUCAUCUCCUCAUCGUCUAAAGACAUUUAUUGCUAAUCGAAUAGCUCAAAUUCAAUCCAUAACUAAUAUUGAUGAAUGGAGAUAUAUUAGAACCGUAGACAAUCCAGCUGAUCUACUUACUAGAGGAAUUCCACCUUUAAGCUUGUUAAAUUCGACUUUAUGGUUUCAUGGACCUUCUUGGCUGACUGAAGAUGAGUGGCCAACCGACAUAGUAGAUUUAUCAAAUAUUGAUACUCCUGAAUUACGAAAUGUCACUUCUUUUCAUGUGUCCAUCGAAAAACAUACCAAUAAUGACUUACUUACUUUAAUUGACAAAUUUUCUAAUCUAACUAAACUGGUUCGUACUUUUGCCUUUGUGCUACGCUUUAAAAACAUCCUUAAAUUAAAAUCUAAAUCUGACUUUUUUAAUAGAGAGCUUUCAACUCUGGAAAUUGAGAAUUCUUUGAAUACACUUGUCAGCUUGGUACAAGCUUCAACAUUUUCUGAAGAAUUUAAAGCACUGAAGAAUAAUAAUAAGGUCUCUAAUAAAUCCAAACUCCUUACCUUGAAUCCCUUCUUUGACCACACUCUUAAUCUUAUUCGAGUUAGGGGUCGUUUGCAACAAUCUGAUUAUGAAUAUCAAAAGAAGCACCCUAUAGUUUUACCCCCUAAACAUAGACUUUCACUUUUGAUCGCACAUUCUGAACAUAUUAAGCUACUUCAUGCUGGUCCACAACUUACAUUGGCAUCACUUCGUGAAAGCUUCUGGCCAAUCAAUGGCAGGAACUUAAUUAAAAAGGUUUACCAUGACUGUUUAACUUGUUUUCGCUUUGUUGCAAAAUCGACAAAGUACCUUAUGGGUAAUUUACCCAAGACACGAAUUACACCCUCUAGACCCUUUUCUGUGUCCGGUGUUGACUACGCAGGGCCCUUCUCCCUUAGGGAUCGCAAAGGACGUAAUUUUAGAAUUAACAAGGCAUACAUAGCAUUGUUUGUGUGUUUUGCUACCAAGGCUAUUCACCUAGAGCUAGUAAGUGAUCUUACUAGCGAAUGUUUCUUAGCCGCUUUGUACAGAUUCAAGUCACGAAGAGGCAAGUGCAUACAAAUUUAUUCUGAUCAAGGGACAACAUUUGUGGGUGCAUUAAAUGAAUUAAAUGCGUUUCUCAAAGAACACUCUUCUACUAUUUCGGAUAAAUUAGCAAAUCAAGGUAUACAAUGGAAUUUUAUACCGCCUCGCGCUCCACACUUUGGUGGGCUUUGGGAGUCCAGCGUUAAAUCGGUAAAGUUUCAUCUUAAGCGUGUAGUUGGUAGUUUAUCAUUAACUUUUGAAGAUUUUUCUACAAUAAUUACUCAAAUAGAAGCCUGUUUAAACUCCAGACCCUUAUGUCCUCUUUCUGAUAAUCCGAAUGAUCCAAAUCCUCUCACUCCUGCGCACUUUCUUAUUGGUGAACCAUUGACGACGUGCCCACAAGUUAAUCUAGUGGGAGUAGCAGAGAACAGACUAUCAAAAUACCAACAUAGGCAACAAAUGGUGCAACAUUUUUGGUCUCGUUGGGUCAAGGAAUGCAUUGCAGAACUCCAGAUACGUACGAAAUGGAAGCAGAAUUACCCGCAGCUCCUGAAACUAGGCGUUCUUGUGCUCAUCAUGGAGGAUGGAUUACCACCAUUAAAAUGGCGAACUGGCCGAGUGGUACAAAUAUUUCCUGGAGGAGAUGGUAUUGUCCGAACAGUAUUAGUGAGGACUGCUGCUGGCGAGUAUAAGCGUCCAGUUACGAAUAUUGCUGUCCUGCCUAUUUAUGAUUUUUAA